AUGCGUCGCUUCGAGGUGCUGCGCCGCUCCUUCCCGUUCCUGGCCCGUUUCUGGGUCUAUCGCACGCUGCCCUGUAGCAUGGAGUCGGACGAGGGCACAGACUGGCUCCUGGAGCUCCUGACCGAGGUGCAGCUCCAGCAGUACUUCCUGCGCAUCCGCGACGACCUCAACGUCACCCGCCUCUCGCACUUCGACUACGUCAAAAAUGAAGAUCUGGAGAAGAUCGGCAUGGGGCGGCCUGGCCAGCGGCGGCUGUGGGAAGCCGUGAAGCGCAGGAAAGCCAUGUGCAAGCGCAAGUCGUGGAUGAGCAAGGUGUUCAGCGGGAAGCGCCCCGAGGCGGAGUUCCCACCCCAGCCCCAGCCCACCUUCCCCAAGCUCUCCAGCCCGCCGCCCGCCGAGGAAGGGCAGCAGGCCCUGACCUGCCUGAUCAGCGAGAAGGACCUGACGCUCUUCGAGAAGCUGGGGGACGGCUCCUUCGGCGUGGUGCGGCGCGGCGAGUGGGGCACGCCCACCGGCAAGACACAGCUCAGCGUGGCUGUGAAGUGUCUCAAGACGGAUGUGCUGAGCCAGCCGGAGGCGCUGGACGACUUCAUCCGGGAGGUGAACGCCAUGCACUCGCUGGACCACCGCAACCUCAUCCGGCUCUACGGCGUGGUGCUCUCGCCCCCCAUGAAGAUGGUGACGGAGCUGGCCCCGCUGGGCUCCCUGCUGGACCGGCUGCGGAAGAACCAGGGCCAUUUCCUCCUCUCCACGCUGUGCCAGUACGCCGUGCAGAUCGCCACGGGCAUGGCCUACCUGGAGUCCAAGCGCUUCAUCCACCGCGACCUGGCUGCCCGCAACAUCCUGCUGGCCUCCAGCGACCUGGUCAAGAUCGGCGACUUCGGGCUCAUGCGGGCGCUGCCCAAGAACGACGACCACUACGUCAUGCAGGAGCACCGCAAGGUGCCCUUCGCCUGGUGUGCCCCGGAGAGCCUGAAGACACGCACCUUCUCGCACGCCAGCGACACCUGGAUGUUCGGGGUCACCCUCUGGGAGAUGUUCACCUAUGGGCAAGAGCCGUGGGUCGGUCUCAGCGGCAGCCAGAUCCUCCACAAGAUUGACAAGGAGGGCGAGCGGCUGCCGCGGCCCGAGGACUGCCCGCAGGACAUCUACAAUGUCAUGCUGCAAUGCUGGGCACACAAGCCCGAGGACCGGCCCACCUUCGUGGCCCUGCGCGACUUCCUGCUGGAGGCCCAGCCCACGGACAUGAGGGCCCUGCAGGACGUGGAGGAGCCGGAGAAGCUGCACAUCCAGAUGAACGACGUCAUCACAGUCAUCGAGGGCAGGGCUGAGAAUUAUUGGUGGCGGGGUCAGAAUAAGAGGACCCUUAAAGUGGGGCAGUUCCCGCGAAACACGGUGACCUCCGUGGCAGGGCUGUCGGCCCACGACAUCAGCCAGCCGCUAAAAAACAGCUUCAUCCACACUGGCCAUGGAGACACCAACCCACAGCACUGCUGGGGCUUCCCUGAUAAGAUCGAUGAGCUGUACCUGGGAAACCCCAUGGACCCUCCCGACGUGCUAGGCGUGGGCCUGAACGCAGCCAGACCCACCCAGCUCCCGAGCCGGGCGAAAAGGGAUCCACCGCCUCGGCCACCGCAGCCGGCGAUCCUCCUUACGAGUAAGUCGGGCCGUUCUCUGCUCCUCUCCUCUCUCUUCUCUCCUCACUCCUCUCUGCCAGAGCCCUCCUACGACCCCGUCAGCGAGGACGACUCCCUCUCCACAGGCCUCAAGCGGCUGUGCCUGAGGAAGCCGGGCCCCCCGAAGGGGCUGAAGCUGGUGAAGCCGUCGGCCUGGGUGUCGGGCACCAAGGUGGGCGAGCGGCAGCUGAGCCGGGCCAAGGGUGGGGGUCCCUCCUGUGGCGAGGCGCCACUGAUUGACUUUGGGGACGAGCCGCCCCCCGCCACCCCCUCGCCGGUCGGGGAGCUGGGUGCCCCCUCCCUCGCCAGGCUGGCCAUGGAGGCUUUCUCCCUGCUGGACAAGACGCCCCCCCAGAGCCCCACACGGGCACUGCCCCGGCCCCUCCACCCCACCCCGGUGGUGGACUGGGACGCUCGGCCUCUGCCCCCGCCACCGGCCUACGACGACGUGGCGCAGGACGAGGCCGACUUCGAGGUGUGCUCCAUAAACAGCGUGGAGGGGCUGGUGGGGCGGCCGGCCUGGGACGAGGACGAGAAGGCGGCGCCGCUGGAGGACAACCUCUUCCUGCCGCCCCACGGGGCCAAGCAGCCCAGCCUGGCGCAGACCACCGAGAUCUUCCAGGAGCUGCAGCAGGAGUGCAUGAAGCGGCUGCACGUGCCCCGGAGCCCCGCGCCCGGCCCCGGCGAGGACAAGCCGCAGAUCCCGCCCCGCGUGCCCAUCCCGCCCCGGCCCCUGCGGAGGAACGAGCCCGGGUGCUGGUCGGGGGAGCUGUCCCCGGCCUCAGGGGGCGAGGAGGACCGGCCACCCCAGAUCCCGCCCCGCGACCCCUUAUCCCAGCCCACCUCCAGGACUCCCAGCCCCAUGGCUCUGCAGGUGGGCUCCCCGCAGCAAAGGGCCAGCCUCUGCUCCCCCUUGGCCCUGGCCGCCUCCCUCUCCACCUCCCCGGGCAAGGCCAUGCCCACCACGCAGAGCUUCGCCUCGGACCCCAAGUACGCCACGCCCAAGGUCAUCCUGGCGCAGGACAAGGACAGCGCCAGGGGCCCCUGCAUCCUGCCCAUUGUCAAGGACGGCCGGAAGGUGAGCAACACCCACUACUACCUGCUGCCCGAGCCCCCGGCCUACCUGCACAAGUACGAGAAGUUCUUCAAGGAAGCCCGGAGCCCUGAGGAGCCAGCGCCCCGCAUGGUCAGCACCGCCACCGUCCGCCCCAUGGUGCAGCAGCCCAACUGCUCGGCCAACAACAGCAACCCCGGCCCCCGGGGGGUGCUCAGGGCCUCCUGCAGUGUCCAGAACAUCAUCUACGACAGCAGCAGCGACGGCUGCCGGGCCGCCGAGAAAGUGCAACUGGUGCAGGAGAUGGUGCACGGCGUGACCACCGAGGAGUGCCAGGCUGCCCUGCAGAACCACGGCUGGAACGUCCAGCGGGCCAUCCAGUAUCUGAAGGUGGAGCAGCUUUUCUGCCUGGGCCUGAAGACCAGGGGGGAGUGCCACAGGGUCCUGGAGAUGUUCGACUGGAACCUGGAGCAGGCCAGCUGCCACCUGCUGGACCCCGCCAGCGCCGCCAGGCAGAAGUAG